AUGAACAUCAGUAACUGUAACAUCCACAGCCGAGUGGCGAGGAAUGGAGAGGAGGAUAUGUGGGUCCUCGUCCGGGACUUCACUCCUCGCGGGAACAUGAGAGAUAUCCAGAGGGUUGGUGAACGAGCGAGUGUUGGGAUUCGGGGAGCAGAUUAUCCCAGGAGGGUUGGUGGGGUUGGCGGCAAGACCAGAAGGGAAAUGGUGUACACUCAUUCUAUCAAAGUCGAUGUAGGAGGAAAAGGAGCAGCGGUGGUACGGAUGUCGGUGAAGGACAAGAACGUAAUGAUGGAGCAAUAUGCGAUUGAUCGAAGUGAGGCCUGCGCGCUGGUUCUCACGUUAGUGGGGUACUACCUCGAAGUGUACCGCGACCGCGCCACUGAUGGAUCAGCCGAGCUCGAGAAAGCGCAAGGAUCCAAGCCUCGAGCAAAAACUGCCCAGGUGUUCUGGUCAGACUUAUUUCAUGACUGGGAAGCUCGAUGGCCAAUGCAAGGGACUCCAGAGAACAAGCGGGCAUUGAUAAAGGGAGUGAGAACUUGGUUCCUGAACCAGAAGUUUCCCCGACGGGGUGACAAGUUUGCAGCAGGGAUAAGAACCGGCAGCGUAAUCCUGGCCAAGCAGCAUGAUCUCAGAGAGGAGCCACUGCUCGAGAACGACCAGUUUAUGUCUUACACUGAGAGGGAGACCGAGAAACGGCAAUCAGUGCAAAAGGCACGUUGGAUUUCGAAAUUCGGAUCGUCGGACACUGAGCUGCAACUAUCAUGCCGCGCGUUGCUACGUCAGGUCCAGAGGUAUGGCUACAAGAACAAGCCGGGUGUUCCUACGCUCGAAGACCCACGUCGUUGGCGGAGAACCCGAAAACAAGCGGUGAACCACUACUAUCCACCCCCUCGCACUUCAACCGUGCAACGUGCUUGUACUUUCCUUCACUCUCCGUCGUCAGCUCAUCAGGCUGCCUCUACAAUCCCUGACUUCUACGAAUCUUUCUUCCAAGACUGGUUCACGCUCUGGCCAGAAGAAACCGAUCCCGACACGGGGAUGGACGUCAGAAAGCGCCUCCGCCAAUGGAUGAACAAUGCUCUGAAACCUGGAAAGAAGAGCGGACGCUCGGGCAUCACAACGAAUGUUGUACUGAGUAAGCACGGUAAGGCCGGCAAAAUUGGGAGGAAGAAACGCGCACUUUCUCGUGUUCAAUGUUGGCAGUCGUUAUACUACGAUGACAAGACGGCCGCAGACUUCAGUGCCUACUGGAAAGACUUCGUGGCCGCUAAUCCCGACAAGACGGAUCAUCGCGCGACGGUGUGUGCGACGUGGUGCGAGGAUAAACUGAAGACGGCGCCCGAAGACGAGAUAGCUGCAGUCGAGGCUUUGUGGAAGUCGGAGCGGGAGUCUGGUCAGACAAAGAUCUGCCCGACUCAAUUUCGAGGCCAAUACUCACAAGAUCAAUUGAAGACAUGGGAUCAGGGUGGACCUACUGAGGGAGAUUCUCAGUCAGACGGGUUUGGUUGGAACGCUUAUGAUCGGCGGGCCGAUGCCGAGUUCCGGUGGAGACAUAGGAAUGAUAACGGAAGCGCAAGGAUUGACCAGAUGAGUAGUGUCGGGCUCCAGGUAGGGGAAAGCGAGGAAACGUUCAAGACGUGGUACAAGGACCAUAACGCUCUCGAGAUGGAGUAUACGAGAUACCUCCAGCAUAUCUUUCCUGCGAGCGAGCUUCCUAAGCGAGCGUUGGCCAACAGUUAUUCAUCCCGCCAAGAUCCAUCAUCCAGUAAAGCGCCAGCGUCACCUCCUAGACCCUUGGAUACUGUCAGAGCGCGAGCAGCCGAGUUCGCGGAGUGGUCGAUUCGCGCACAGAAGGAAGCCGGCACCAGGAAAUGGAAUAGUAUGUCGAAGGAGGCACGAAGAGCAUACGUCAGUCAAUUCCGAGCUCGAACCGAGGAUCAAGCCGCAGCGGAAACUCUCCAGCCCGAUAACAGCCUGCUAGCGGAUGCCGUGAGGGAAGCCUUUGCUGGAGAUGCAGGUGGAGGUGGUGAGCAGGAAGAUGACGAUGACGACGAGGACGAGGACGAGGACUAUUACGAGGACGAGGACGAGGACGAGGUCGGGAGUGAUACGGAUUACGAGGAGGUCCGGAGUGAUGACGACGUAGGUUCCAAAGACGAGACGUACGAAGAUAUUGAUGGAGGAGGGAAUCCGUCCAGACCUAGGCGUAUGGGGACGAAGGCCCGGUCGGCUCUGGUGCCGGAUGUCCGUGCGAGGUCGACGACGAAGGCAAUCGGUCGGGGUGGUGUAUACGUCGAGGUGAAGAGGAUCCGGCACAGAAGGAACGGGGUAGCAUCGAAGGCAAAUGGUGAGAAAGGGAUGGUGAGGAAAGGGAGAAGCGAUGUGGGCGAGGGCGAAGGGGUUGGCGCGGACGAGGGCGGAGGGGUUGGCGCGGGCGAGGGCGAAGGAGUUGGCGCGGACGAGGGUGAAGGGGUUGGCGCCGGCGAGGGCGAAGGGGUUGGCGCAGGCGAGGGCGAGGGCAAAGGAGUUGGCGCGGGCGAAGGCGAAGACGGAGGCGUUGGUGGGAGUGGUGAUGUGAGCGACACGGGUGGCAUGCCUCAACCGAAAAGACCUAAACCGAGGCCUGUGCCGGUGAGGAAGCCGACAAAGAGUGGGGAGAGCGUGACACUGGGCGGCGGGGAGAGUAUCACGAUGGACGAGACGAUGGCGAGGGACAACGAAGACGUUCUGGAUACCAGCCGGAAGAACCGCAAGUAUCGCGUAUGCCCCAUCUGCUUAGCGAGGCCGUACCAUAUACCCAAAUGUUGUCCAAUCGUUUCGUCCGGGUUCGACGCCAUCGACUUCAGGAUCAUAGAGUUGGAAGACGAAGGAUCCCUCGACCGAGAACUCAUCAUUUUGUUGAAGACGUUACGGAAGGAGGCUAUGGAGUCAGAGCGCAAGCGGGGCAGUGGAAGUCAGAAUAUG